AUGUAUUUUGGUGGCUCAAGUCACUUAGUCAUUCACGUAAUUACGCUGCUAAAUUGUAUUUUUACGUAUUCAGCGAGUUUCCAGGCUGCCAAGCCGGCACUUGAUGCGGUAAUGGAUAAAAUUAAUUCAACAACGAGCCACGCUGGAAGCCACAACGUCGCAGGAAUCACUCAACCAGAAUGGAAAGCAUCUCCCAACCAAUUACAUUUAUCAGAUCGGAAAGAGACCAUGCCGUUAUCUGCAUCCGUUGUCCCAUCAAAUGCAACUCAACUAAUUUCAUCAAGAACGACACCGGAUCCAUUGCCAAACGUCGACAACGACGACAAUGAAGCCACAGUCACCGGCAUUUCCGCAUCAAUAAGUCAGGAAUCAGUGUCAGUCACUACCGCUACCGGUGUUCGUCAAUCAACGUCGAGUGACAUUGAGAGGAAAAGAAGUAGUGACAGCACCGACGACACUGACAGCGAAGAAAUUUCUCGUGAUAUUAUAGAUAGUUAUUUGAAAAAUUUAUCAAUGUUACCGCCCCUGUUGCCGCUCAUCAGCACCUUGGGCAGUAACGAGAGCAGUGGCAGCCCACCAAUGCCACAGCUAAAUUUGCCUUUACAACAUUCAUCAUCUAGUAGCAGUAAGAUUAGGAGUAGUAGUAAUUCCAAACAGCAACACCAAUUAAGCAAAACCGAAUCGGCAAUGCUGAAUUACAUUUAUGACCAGUAUGCACCGAACAAACAUCGACACUAUGACUUCAGAUUGGGUCCCCAUUUUGAGGGUGCCAAAGUAGGUGGUGUGUCAAAUGUGUCAGUUCAUCUGAAUGCAACCACCUAUUUGAACUGCAAAGUUGCCAUAUUGCAGGAUCGAACGGUCACGUGGGUUCAAAGGAAGCACAAUAGCGAUAACUUGCAACUUCUAACGGUCGGUAAUCACACGUACAGCGCCGACACUCGUUUCUCCGUGGAUUUUCAGCAUCCCAACAACUGGCGACUCAAAAUAUCGGCAGCGGCGCUCAACGACGAGGGAAUCUACGAGUGUCAAAUAUCGACGCAUCCACCGAGACUGUAUCGCGUUUUCUUGACGGUGAAUGCGCCGGAAGUUAUGAUCGUAAACGAAUUCUUCGAGCCACUUUUUGAUACGUUUUACGAGGCGGCAUCGACGAUCCAGCUGAAUUGCGUGGUAAAGUACAUCACGAUGCUGUAUUCUGUCGUGCAUUGGACGCACAACGGACGGUUGCUUAACGAUGACAUCGUUCGUGGCGGAAUAAGUGUGAAAACAAAUUUAAGUGAUGAAGGCGCCAAUUCCACACUGUUCGUGGCAAGAGUAAAUAAAUCAGAUUCUGGCAAUUAUACCUGCACCAUCGGACCAACACUUUCCUUCACAACGAACGUGCAUGUGCUGAACGAGAGCCUAGCAGAACUUUAUCAUGGCAACGCAUACAGCAGCACAAACUUUUCAUUUAAAACAAUAACAUCAACAGUAACAUCUUUGGCAAUAACAACAGCCCCAAUGAUGUUUGUGCUUAUCUGGACUUUGUAUUUUAUUGGAUGCACUUCUGUGAGGUGAAUAAUAAAUUUGAUAUGAUAAAAGUUUUUAAUUAAAUUAGGAAU